AUGUCGCAAGAGAAGGCGGUCUUAGAUGUAGAGGCCAAAGGAUCUCUGAAUGACUUGCCACCACUAAAGUCGGAAGUCCAGGCCACCAAAAUCUCGGCGCCCGUGAAACAAGUCUCGAUCUACUCGUAUAAAGAGACCUGGUUUAUCGUCGGGAUUAUAGCUCUGGCUGGCUUCGCGAGUCCAUUUCCAGCCACGAUAUACUUCCCUGCGAUCCCUCGGUUGACCCAAAUCUUCCAUGAAUCAACCGACAGACUAAACCUGACUUUGACCAUCUUUCUGGUCCUCCAAGCCGUGUGUGCUGGUGCAAUUGCUGAUAUGACUACCAGAGCCAACCGUGGUACAUUCUUUGGUGCGUUCAACGCGGGACCUAUGCUUGCUCCCGGCAUCGGCCCCGUAAUCGGAGGCUUGCAUUCUCAAUAUCUUGGAUGGCGCGCAAUCUUCUGGUUCUUGACGAUAUUCUCCUCCAUCGCGUUGCUCAUCAUCCUGGCAAACCUUACCCUGUAUCGUAGGCAAUGGAAGCAUCCGACCUUCAUUUUAUCUAUCGACAUACAAAGACUUCCUCCCAAACCAUUCCGGAAUCCGUUCUUACUCUUUCUCCAUCCCGACGUGCUCGUGUCAACUUUAUUCACAAGCGUGAUAUUUUCUAUGCAGUACAGCAUUUCAGGAACCCUCUCGAACGCCUACACGAGCCAGUAUCCUUUUCUCAAUAGUGCCAAUAUUGGCUUGUGCUAUUUGCCCAAUGGAUUGGGCCUAGCGGGCGGUACGAUCAUCAACGGGAAAUUGUUGGAUGUGGAAUAUCGUCAUACUCGGGCUAGAACUAUUCGUGAAGCCACAGAGAAGGGUAGUCAUGGGACUGUCCUAUGA